AUGCGUUCUACUCCAAGAACUCCCAAUACCAGAGAAGCUUUAAACGUUGCAAAGGAGAUGAUCAGUGAUGCAAUUGUUGAGAAUCUUGAUAUAAAAAGCUUGACUGCUACUUCAAGGACAAUUCGUAUCGUAGACUUGGGAUGUUCACAUCCCUUGAAAGGAAAUACAAUUCCCAGGGCCUACCAUCUGAUAAGCUUGAAUUCCAAGUGGUUCAAUGAUCAUGUUUCCAAUGAUUUCAACACCCUCUUUGCUUCCCUCCCUCCUGAUCGGAAAUACUUUGUUGCUGGAGUGCCAGGUUCUUUCUAUGAGCAGUUAUUCCCAUCGUCCUCCCUCCGUGUCGUGCACUCUUCUUAUGCACUUCAUUGGCUCUCCAAGGUGCCCGAACAGUUGCUAGACAAAAACUCUCCAUCAUGGAAUAAGGGAAGGAUUCACUACGCAGGUGCCUCAGAUGAUGUAGUGAGUGCUUAUGCAGCUCAAUUUGAAAAGGAUUUCGAGAUCUUUCUUAAUGUCAAAUCUAAAGAGAUUACUGGUGGAGGAAUGAUGAUACUCAUCGUGCCAGGUCUACCAGAAGAUAUUCAUCAUGCUAAGCUGCCAACUGGUAUCUUAUUUAAUUUUCUUGGAUCUAGCCUCGUGGAAAUGGUGAACGCGGGAAUUGUCAGUGAACCUCAACUAGACUUGUUCAACUUGCCUAUUAGUAUUUAUGCUCCUUCCCCCAAGGAGAUGACAAAGCUGGUAGAAAAAAAAUGGUGUUUUAGCAUUGAGAAAAUGGAGGUAACAGACCCCAGGUUGAAGAUUGAUGGCCCAAUUAAUUUGCAGGCUUUGAUAAUGCAACCCAAGAGCCGGCAUGGAAGAAGUUUUUGCCCAACACUUUGGACGUGA